AACAUACAACUAUGCAAGUAUACCAUUGAUUCCAAAACAGGAAAGCCACCGUUUGCAACUUUGCAUUUCAUCGCUUCAAAUAAAAGGAAAAACAGUUUAUCUAUAUUUAUUUACAAAACAAGAACAAAAUAAAAAAAUGGGUGAAAAUAAAAAAGAAAUACGACCUGAAUAUGAUCUUAAUGCAAAGUGGGACGCCUGUUUGGAUUUGGGUAUUCGCCGGUUUGUUUAUGCCUCCGCCGCCGGUGCUUUUUCCGGCCUUCUUCUAUUCCGUACCCCUGUUACACGCUGGGCAUCAAUUGCUUUUGGUGCCGGAGUGGGUAUUGGAUCUGCAUACUCAGAUUGCUCUCAAAAGUUUGAUUCACCAGUUGCCAAGGACUGAAAAAUGACUCAGGGGCUCCAUGUGGAAGUGUAAUACAGUAGUGAAGAUUAUUGAUGUUUGAAGUAUCAAGCGAAUGGCUAUUGAUUUUAACUUUUGUAUGAAUUAGAAGAGGGUUAAUAAUUUGUGGUAAUGCCCUCUUAUUACAUUACAUACAUAUGGUGUACAAUCCAAUCUAUUUAAGUGUUGUCACCCGAUUCAUGAA